AUGACACAAGAUUUCCAAUCAAAACAAGAUUACGCCCGUCAGCUACGUUAUGCACGAUCAAAAUUUCGACGCAUCAACUCAUUGGACUUGAUACCCGAGGAUCCCAGUCAAGAGGAAUCCAAUGACGAAGAUGAAGAUAGUGUGGCCAUACAAUCGCCCACCCUAUUAAGUCGUUCAAAUACCGGCAUCAAUCAAAAACUACUACCGCAACAACAACAGCAGCAGCAAACACAACGAUCCGCCUCCAACGCCACCGGUCCACAAACAAUAGCAACACGUUUCCAAAAGAUCCUAUGGUUCUGGCCGAACCUGCUUAUGAACUUAGUUCUUCUAUUGCUGCGCUAUCUACUCUACAUACCCUUGUCCAUUGCGGCUCCCAGUUUUUGGCUCUCCGCUGUGUUGUGGAUAUUUUGGAAAAUCAUAAGAAUACCUGUGGAAUUCUUCAAAUGGAUUUUCAACUUCGAUAAUGGCACUGCUGCACAAGGCGUCUCGCAAGGAGCUGGGGUACCGAAGCGUACCGUACUCAUUAGCUGUGGCAGUACAAUACAAACUCUACAUUUGGCUAGGAAUUUCUAUUCUUCAUCCGGAGCGCGAGUUGUGGUCUUUGAAUUUGAGGGACAUUUCGGUCUGGCCCGCUUCUCAGCAGCCGUUGACAAAUUCUACACUGUACCCAAACCGACUCCGCAAAAUAUCGACAGCUACAUUACAGCCCUGUGUCAUAUCGUACGCAGGGAGAAACCCUCAGUUUAUAUUCCGGUAUGUGCCACAAGUCCGGCGUACUAUGAUGCUGUGGCCAAGCCGCAUUUGGAAUUGUUGGGUUGUGCAACAUUUAUGACCGGUGUCCAGGAAACCCUCAUACUCGACGAUUGCUUGCAGUUCUAUCAGAGAUGUGCCUCACAGAAUAUUGCUGUACCACCCUAUGUAGCUCUAUCAGCGGCCCAUGAACUGUGGGAGUUAUAUGAAGAAGGUUUCAUUAGUCAAUUCCGCCACAUUCUCUUGGCUGUGGGCAUGCAAGGUGUAUUGGAGAGAUUUAAAUACAUGCUACCACGCCAACUGCGUGAUCUACGUUUCUCCCAUGAAAUCAACGAACGUCAAAAGUGGCUGGUGGUACGCGAUGUACCCGGCGAACAUUAUGUCACCUGUACCACAAUUAAAUCCAGCCAAGUGGCUGCCAAUGUAAGUUGUCGCGUUGAUAGUGAUACCAAAAAUCUGAUACCAGUCACAGCCAGCGAUACCCAGCUCAUUGACAACUGGCUGAGGACUUUCUUUGGUAAGGUUCGUUUCCAACGACCCAUCAAUUGUCACAUUAGUUUCCGUCUCAUUAAAUGCCAAUCGACGGGACAAUUUUUACCGCUGGGCAUUCGUUUGGGUGUUUCACUACCCUAUAUCUGUCAUAAUCGUUCACAUGCUCAGAUCUUGUGUCGCACCAUGAAAUGUGUUCAUAUGAGACCAUUGAAUUUCAACACAUCCCCGACAGAAGAAGAUGAAACGUCGGGCGCUGCAUCUUCGUUGGCAUAUUUUGGCGCCCAAUGGUCAUCGGACACAGUUGCGUUAGAUAAACGUGAAGCUCUGUUUGCCUAUUGGGAUCCAUUGCCCUAUUGUGCAUAUUAUCAUUUUCAAUUGCCAUUGGAAUCGGUUAAAAGUUUUCUUCAGAGACGUCGUAAGACGACACCAAAAGCUGCUACGGCGGCUCACCUCUCCACAGCGUUACAUUGA